CGACGUCUAACACAGGAGGAUACGUAAGAGGUACAUGAUGGUACCAUACGAACGAGAGGCUUAAUAAUAUUGCGGUUUCCAAGAUGAAAGUGCGGCAUGAUGUAGAAGAAGAACGUGAACGUGUGAGCAAAGAGGAAGAGGAGCGUAACAAAAAAAAACAGGAGGAAGAAGAACGAAGAGCACGAGACAAGAAAGAACGGGAGGAUUUUCAGAAGCAGCUGAGGGAAUCGAUGAAUACAAAGUUUGAUGUGUUAUGUGAGGCACUGUUCUGGAAGAAGAAGGAAGGAAGCGAUGAGAUCGAGAAAUUAAAAAGUCCGAUCGACAAGUUGGAGAAACUUCAGUUGGGUUUUAUGUCAGUGAUGAAUGGGUGCGCAUCAGUAGACGUGGCAGCUAGGCGGUUGCGUGAGCAAGACGAAGAGAAGAGAAAGACCCGUGAUGAGUCCGAGAGGAGGAUAGCUAUCCUAGAGGAAGAAGUGGUCUUGCUAAGGAGGCUCAAUGGGCAAAAGACUAAUGAGGCCGCAACAUGGAAGCAGGAAGCGCUGAGGCCCAGCAACAAGCGAGGAGCGGUGGUUGUGGAGGAAACACCCAACCAACAUGCGCGAGUCCGGCCACGCUGUACAACACUGAAGACGCCUGGGUCACAUGCGGUCUCAAUGGCUAAGGUGCACGCGAAAGAGGUCGCUGCCUUGACAGAACUGCGCAGCAGGGAUUUGAAUGGGCGAAGGAAGGCGGAACAAGAGGUUCAGAGAUUGAAGGAGGGGCAGAAACGGUUGAGAAUGGAGAAGGAGCAGGACCAGCCACGGACAAGUGGUACUAACUUAACAAGAAACUUGAAGAGGUGGCAAACACGACAGCUAGGAAGAUAGACAAAGGUAAAGGAAAGAUGGACGAGCAAGGGUUAAUGAUAGAGAAAAGUUUAUGUCGGAGAAUAGACGGUUUUUGAAACCACUGAAGAAGGAUGAUAUCAUGUUGAUCUGCAAGGAUGAAGGGGUGAUCUAUUCAACACUGGAUAAGACCAAGGAAAAGAUUGUUAUACUAUGAACAACAAAAAUCUUUCCUAGUC